GGAAAGAAAUGAAAACAAUGAAUUAAUCGAAGUAUAAUUCUCCUUCCUUCUUCCCUCAAAAAAUAAUGCUUCUUCCUUCUACAAGCCAUAGGACAAACUGUACAGAGAUUAAGACCUUAAUUAGACCAAGUCUAUUGCCGACUCAAGUCUUUCCUUUAGAUGCCAUUGGAACUGUUCAUGAAAAGCAACCAGGCAAGUAGGCAAGCCAAGAUUAUUCCUCCCUUCGGUUCCCUCCGCCUCCUCCUCCUCCUCCUCUUCCUUUCCCACGUCAUACUUCGCAGCCAAGAGAUUCCCUUGGCUUCCUUCCCUCACCUUUCUUCUUUCCCUCUGGUCUUCCUAUCCGUUCUAGUAGUUUAGAGCCGUAGAAAGUUCUGAGACCGACAUUGAGCUCAAAGAAGACCGAUGGCGAGCAAAACAAGGAAGAAAUCCCAUAUCGGCAACCACCUCCUCCUCCUUCCUCCAACCAUGAAGGACUUCGCUUCCUGCCUCAGCGAGCAUGCCGUCAAAGUCUCGGAUACCUCCUGCUCGGGCAGCAGCGGCCAUUCUUCAGUCCUCGAGAACAAGUCGGUCCAGAGCGCCGUCACCUGCCUCUAUAGGUCCCGGCUCUCCACUCUCAAGGAACUUCUCAUCAGGGUCACCUGGUCCAAGAGCCACGUCGGCCCGGCCUUAUGCAUCGGCGUCGACGACAACCCCUCCCUCCACGACUGGAAGCCUACUUCCAUGAAUUCACACCUCUUGAGGAAGAAGAAAGGCAGCGAGUCCUACGCCUUGGGUACCUCUCUCAUCGAUCUCCGCUGGGACAUCUCCUCCGCCAAGUAUGGCCCUGGCCCCGAGCCUAUCGAGGACUUCUAUGUCGUCGUCAUCGUCGAUGCCCACUUCGGGUUGCUGCUCGGAGACAUGAGCCGGGACUACAUCGAACGAUUCGAGGAGAAGAUCCCGAUCGCCGAGUUCUCGAUGUUUAGUCGGAGAGAGCAGGUCCUGGGGCAUUCCUUCUACUCCACCAACGCUCGGUUUCGCGAGGGUGGAAGGGAUCAUGAGAUCACCAUCAGGUGCAAGGAGCCUGAUGGUUGGGACUCCAAGGAAUCGGAGCUGUCGGUGUGCAUCGACAAGAAGAGGGUGGUGCACGUGAGGAAGCUCAGGUGGAACUUUAGAGGGAAUCAGACCAUAUUUAUCGAUGGAACGCCGGUGGACAUGAUGUGGGACUUGCAUGACUGGUGGUUCAGCAGCCCCUCGGGGGGUUACGCCGCGUUCAUGUUUCGGACAAGGAGCGCAUUGGAGAGCAGGCUUUGGCUGGAAGAGGAGAUACUGCGCAAGGAGCAAGGCAUCUCUGGCUUCUCCCUAUUGAUCCAAGCUUUCAAGAGCUUCUGAAGGCUUCAAACUGCUGCCCCGUCUGCUAUUGUCUUCACCCUCUCCUCCACCAUGCCGCUUCUUUUCUUUCUCCUUAAUUCCAAAAGAUUAGUCACUGAUUCUUUAGGAUGCUUUGACUCAAAUAAGUCGGAGAGGAGUUGCUUGUUAAAUGGAAUUGCAGAUAUGUGAAUUCUAGGUUGGAUUCUAAUUUAAUUUUUUCUCCUUUGUUACAUUGUUAAAUAUACUUUCUUAUAGAAUCCUGUUUUCUUUUUGAAA